AUGCCUAUUAGAGACGAGUUGACGGGUCAGUGGACCCGCAGAGACGUGCGGGCUGCCGGUAACCCCUCGCAGCCCGCGGCGAACGUUGACAACAGGACGGGCGCUGCGGCGUCCGGUCCUAGCGGAAGUCCUCCGGUGGCGGUCGACCCUCGUGCGUCGAACCCUGGGGGCCCUCCUGUGGCAGUCGGACCUCGUGUACCGAACCCUGGAGGUAAUGAUGUGGCUCCUGUGGCGGUCGGACCUGGUGUACCGAACCCGGGAGAUGUCCCAGUGGCAGUCGAGCCUCGUGCGUCGAACCCGGGACUGGAAUCAGUCGGAGUACAAAGUGGUGCCUCCGCUGGAGGGCGUAUGCCGCACGGAGGCGUGCGCGACAUUGAGAGGACGGAUAUCUCGACCAUUGCGUCACAGAGUCCGUCGCCCUUCAUUAUUGGUGGAUUCGGCGGGCAGUCAAGCGAUGGCACCGAGUCAUGGUCCAAGGUUCCGCGUCGGCGCCAUAGCGCGUCGCCGGUGUUGUCUCAUCGAGUAUCUAUUAGCAAUGAGAACAGCUUUGCGUUGUUGACUAACCUUGAGGACACCUCCCUAGUCACGAAAGACGAUGACGUCGACACGACUACGUCUAGCUCACCUGCGGCGCCGGGAGUCCCGCAAACUCCUAGGAAGUCGGAGGACAAGCGCCGUGUGUCGUAUACAUCGCGCGGCAGUGACACAGAGUCGGAAGAUUCACCCGAGACACCUACGCCUGUAGACAAGGGCAAGGGUGUCGAACGGCCGGGAGAGGCUUCGCACAGUGGUAGUGGUGGCGGACACGAAGUACCGCCGCACACUGACUCUGAAAGCGCGCCGGAAUACAUCAGAUACAUGGGAAUUGACGAAGAGGAACUGGAUAUUAACGCACAGAAAGCGGCUCUGAAUUCUCUCCACCCUGUCUAUGGCCUGCGCAACGGACAGUCCUCGGCCAGCGAAACGUCGGGAGGUUCGUCAAAAGAACCUAUUGAGGAUAUUAUAGCCCGCGCUAGUAAGUCCGCCAAUGAUUUCCGAGACGGCAAGAAUCGUGAGGUGCGAGAGGCCAAACGAGAGCGCGAUACGGCAAACCAGGCCCGAGUUGAAGCCGAGCGAGUUCGGCGUGAAGCCGAGCGUUCUAAGGAAGAGGCUGAGCGAGCCCGAGCAGAGGCAGAGCGGGCCAGAUUGGAUGCUGAACGAAGGCUGGAAGACCUUACCAGAAGAAUGAGCCAAGCACACAUCCCGCUACGCACGGCCUGGACGAAAUGA